AUGCGCACAGAUCGUGUGUCUGAAGCAACCCGCUACGAUGUCUUCCUGGAGAACCGGGACUCUGAGGCACCAGAGAAGGCAGCAAAACUCGACAUGACGAGUGAUAUCGAGCUGAUAGAGACUGUUGUAAGUGUGGUGCUAUUGGUUAUAGAGACCUGGUCCUACGAUACGAGCUCUGAACGCCGGGUUGCCUGUCUCGCAUUGGUCAAGUCAAAGACUCAUAGCGGCGCAUCCGGCGUCGGCUACGCCGUCGCCCAACUCUGUUUGAAACACUCAAUGCGCGUCUCCAUCGUCGAUUUCAACCAGUCCUCCCUCGAAAUCGCACGCAAGAACCUCUCCGGCGACGUAAAAUGUAUCCAAGCGGACGUCUCCUCCCGCUCCGACUGGGCGUCUAUCCGCCAACAAGUCGGUACUGACGUUGACUUCCUUAUGCUAAACGCCGGCAUCGGCGGAAAAGGAACGUGGGGUGAUGAAGAUUACUUUGACAAGAUCUUGGCUACGAAUCUAGGGGGCGUGGUAAAUGGCUUGAAUGCGUAUGUUCCGAGUUUCAAGGAGAGAGCGGGGAAAGACGGGAAGGGGGAAAGUGCGAUUGUGAUUACGGGAAGUAAACAGGGUAUCACGAAUCCACCUGGUAAUCCAGCGUAUAAUGCUAGUAAAGCGGCUGUGAAGACGCUGGCUGAGCAUUUGAGCUAUGAUUUGAAGGACGCAGGUGUUGGGGUGCAUUUGUUGGUUCCGGGGUGGACGUUUACUGGGCUUUCUGGGAACGAGCCGGGCUCUACCAAGGCCAAACCGGAAGGUGCGUGGUCAGCCGACCAGGUCGCUGACUACAUGUACACCAAGAUGCAAGCCAAGAAAUUCUACAUCAUCUGUCCCGACGACCAGGUCACGGAGGAGACGGACAAGAAGCGCAUGUUGUGGAGUGUUGGGGAUAUCGUGAAUGAGCGGCCACCCUUGACUCGAUGGAGGGAGGAGUAUAAGGAGGAGGCUGAGAAAUGGAUGGCGGAGCAGAAAGUGUAG